GAAACUAUUCAACCCUGUUUCAAAGUACGGACAAACUACACAUCCUUGUCCGAGAAACAAAAAUGAAAUUCUUCCACAACCCCAAUCAUCUUCACUCCUUAGUCUCCUCCAUCAUCGACACCUCCAAGAAGAAAGCCCAGUUCAACUACUUCACCAGGUGCUUCACUACUCGGGUCGACUUUGAGUCUCCACACACAAACCCACCCAUGGAUUCCAGCAAGCUACAGGAAAAUACAGAAGCUUCAUAUUCGUCUUCUUCGUCUUCAAAGCUGGUGCUCUAUUCCUACUGGCAGAGCUCAUGCUCUUGGCGAGUUCGUUUCGCUCUAAACCUUAAAGGGCUUUCGUACGACUACAAGCCGGUGAACCUUGAGAAAGGGGAGCAGUUUAGUCCAGAAUUUGAGCGUCUGAAUCCUCUGCAUUGUGUUCCUGUGUUGGUUGACGGUGAUGUGGUGGUUUCGGACUCCUUUGCAAUAUUGCUGUAUCUGGAGGAGAAGUACCCUCAGAGACCGUUAUUGCCUGCUGACCCUCGGCUAAAAGCUCUUAACCUCCAGGGUGCAAGCAUUAUCAGCUCUAGUAUACAGCCUCUUCACAUGCUAUCAAAGCUGAAGUACAUGGAGGAAAAGAUUGGUUCUGAAGAGAGUCUUUCUUGGGCUCAACUGCAUAUAGGAAAAGGUUUCCUUGCUCUUGAGAAGUUGCUGAAGGAUUUUGCUAGCAAAUUUGCCACAGGAAAUGAAGUGUAUAUGACUGACGUGUUCUUAGCACCACAGAUUGCUAUAGCUGCAGCAAGGUUCAAUAUAAACAUGUCCACAUUCCCCAGUUUAAGUAGGGUGAAUGAAACAUACAAGGGUUUACCAGAAUUCCAAGCUUCAUCACCGGAAAGGCAACCUGAUGCUGUGCAUGGGAAGUGAUCCCAGAAGGCUAGGAGUCUUCUUACAAGGAACCCGGUGUCUACAGGUGUAUUCUGCUGGAGCUUACAAACUGGAUGAGCCCUGUUCCAGAUUUAUGCUGUAAAUGAGUUGAAUAUAGAAUGUAGAACUUCAGUAAAGAAAUGCAGCUGCAUAGAAACUUUUACUUCAUUGUACUUUCAUGAUCCUUCAAUCAUGAAAAGCAAAACGAGAUAAGUCGUGGAAGUGUGGAACCUAACAUAACUAAGCUAUCCUGUGUGCUACAGUUACAAUUUCACUCGCAAUUGCAUAAUCGAAACACGUAAUUAAAUCCUUCAA